GAAUUAUCUUCCAAAGCCUUCAAAAAAACCCAAUCAACGAAAAAAAAACACUCACACUCAGCCACUAUGACUGCGAUUUCUAAUCCUUCUACACCCACCGUGACUACCAAUCAGGAAUCUCCACUGCUAAAUUUAUCACAUGUCACACCGAGCGUUCCGGACGUUGUGGAUGAUGCUGAGCUAUUGGCCAUUCUCGGCUUACCGGCCCCGACCGCACCACUGUCCGAGUCGAACUCCUCCUCUUCCUCCACCACCACGGCUUCCAUGGAUCCUCCCGUUGUCCUCGAUUGGGAUGACAUGCCUGAACUAUUGGAAGAAGAAGAUGACGAAAAUGACAGUCAUCAUGCCGGUAAAAAACGAUCACGCGAUGACGAAGAUGAUUUAUUUGCCACCCUGGAUUUCGUCGAAGUACCUAUGCCUAAAAAACCGGCCACUUCCGUCUUUGUUGACACCGAUGUCAAUUUAGACUCCAUUCAUGCACAACUGCUCAAUGAUCAGGAUAUUCGAUUGGCUUUGGAGUUGAUCGCUUCUUAAAAAAACCAUGCAACCCAUCGUUCCCUAUUCGACCGACCAAUUGUUUAUUCACACACGAUGUCCCCCGUCCUUCCCCAGCACCCCCUUGCCACCCUUUUCGUUUUUCUAUAUACCAGCCCAGCCGAUCCAAAAUGUUUGGUCUUAUACAUAUGUAACCAUCGACUUGUUGUUUUUUCUUUCUCCUUAUACAUACGAUCUUCUUGUCACAUAUAUUUUUCUCUCAGUUUGUACACAAAGGAAAAAAUAAAAAUAAAAAAAAGAACAGAGUUUAGCAAAUAUAUUAUUUGUU